AUGCGCGCUCCGCCGCUGCUGCUGCUGCUGGCCGCCUGCGCGCCGCCGUCAGGCGCCGCUGUGGACCCGACGCUGCCCGGCUGGGAGCCGGCCUCCGACGCGCCCUGGUGCCCCUACAAGGUGCUGUCCGAGGGUCCCGAGGCGGGCGGUGGGCGCCUGUGCUUUCGCAGCCCUGCUCGGGGCUUCCGCUGCCAGACGCCCGGCUGCGUGACGCUGGCCUCGGCGGGUGGUUCGCUGCGCGCCCACGUCCUGCGCAACCGCAGCGUGCUGCUGCAGUGGCGCCUGGCUCCAGCUGAGGCGCGCCGCGUGCGCGUCUUCGCGCUAAACUGCUCGUGGCGUGGCACCUACUCGCGCUUCCCGUGCGAUCGCGUGCUGCUGGGUGCCUCAUGCCGAGACUACCUGCUGCCCGACGUGCACGACAGCGUGCACUACCGCCUGUGCUUGCAGCCACUGCCGCUGCGCGCGGAGCUCGCCGCCCCGCCAGAGCUCGCCGAGUGCGUGGAGUUCACCGCCGAACCCGCAGCUAUGCAGGAGAUCGUGGUGGCCAUGACGGCGGUGGGCGGCUCCAUCUGUGUCAUGCUGGUGGUCAUCUGCCUGCUGGUGGCCUACAUCACCGAGAACCUCAUGCACCCGACCUUCCGGCGACCCAGUCUGCGCCGGCAGUCCUGAAGCGCAAGGCGAUCUGCCCACCAGGGUUCCAUCUGCCCAAGUGCGCUGAGACCCUAAGGCCCUCUCCCUGCUUUUCUCCCUUUCCUUCUCCCUCUUUAGGAGCCCCAUGGAGGGUUUAAUGGAGACUAGCCCAUGCAGGGACCUUGGCAUCAUCCCACGACCUUGCCAGCCCCAGCUGGGUAUCUGCCUUCCAGACUCAGGCCUCAGACUGGCCUGUAGGCAUGGGCUAGAGUGUCAGCCGCGUCCAGGGGUCUGCCCCAGCUUCAGAGGCCUUUUAGGGUCAGCCAGAAUAUACCUUCCCUUCUGGCACGAUCAUCAGCCUCAACUUUCAUCCUGUGCCAGGUUGUCAAAGCGUGGCUGUGAUCGUUGCUUGGUCACUUUAUGCUUUGCAGAUUGGGAGGACUGAGCUCUGGAGCCUCUGCCCACCCUACCUUACCCCAGUGGGCUUAGGUUAGCUUUGUGCCUUAGUAUCUUUGGCCCACUGCAGGAGCCACCCGGCAUCCCUCAUGGGGGUUUUGGUCCUGUGAUUGGCUGGCUUAUGCAUGCUUUUGGCCAGAGCCCCGUUGAGGACACACCAUCCUUGAGACUUUCAGGGGCCUGGGGCAAGAGUUCACAGGCCCUGUUUCGUCUUCCUAUGUGGGUGUCCCAGAAGCCAAGAGCCAUGAUGUAGCUCAGCAGGCUGGGCCCAGCGCCCAGCUGCUGCAUCCAGGGGUGAGUGGCCUCCACUUUAGGAGGCUGGGGCCUCACCCUUUCCUUGUACUGCCUUGAUUAGGACUUUCCCAGGGUGUGGGUGGGGAGGACAGCUGAAGGGAUCCCGAGAGCUGAAGGAAGGCUGCCAGCCUUGUCCAGCCAGACCCUUAACUGUGGUCUGGAUCCCAAGCCUCAACCAACCUGAGAGACCUCAGUGGCCACAGUGCCACGCCACUGCCCUCAGCCCUUCUUACACUACAGUCUGAGAGCUGACCCCAGUGCUUGCCCUCCAUCUGCAUGGACAAGGCUGGCCUUGCCUAUCUCCUGGCAGACAGGCACUUUGGUGAUAUCAGGCACUUUGUCUCUGAGCCUGGGCUCUGACCACUGGACAUGACACUGGCUGUUUUCCCUCCAACUCUCACCCCAGCGACCACGGUGACCUGAGCCCUGGCUGGCAGCACCUGUGCCCUACCUCUUUGUCUCUGCUCUGCCCGCUCCCUGUGAGGCACUGGUCGGUUGCCUACAUCUAAAUGUCCAUCACUCUCA